CUGCAAAGUGUUGGCAAAUUGUUUCUCCGCAAAUUGCUCUCAGUGAAACAGUGCACCAAGAAACGCUGGCUACAUUGUCGAACCAACGGUAGAAUUGAAGGUUUCGGAUCGUAUCGGAUGUGUGGAAAAAGGACUCUUCGGGUGCUGUAAUCGUGAAACAUUGCAUCAUAGGGCGGCGUGUCCGGUGAAGGCGAACUAGCGAAGUAGCAGCAGCGCGCACCUCUAUGGACUCGUCGGUUUUGAGGACACUUGAGUAGUAUGCAUAGCGCCUGCGAGGGACGACAGCGGCCAGCGACAACGACGGACACCCCGGCACCGGCCUUGCGAUAAUUGGCCGGCGACAAAAUGAGAUGGUUCAAGCGAUCGACCGAGUCCCCGAAACUGCUCAGCCUGUCCCCGCUGCGACAUUCCGAGUCCGGGAAUGUUUACGGUAAUGAACCGACCGCUGGAUACCGCCGCGACGAUCGGCUCGUCCCCGGAACGCUCCGACGACGCAGUGCCGGUGAUGAUCUGUGUGAAGAAGCGGAAACUGCAGGAGUCCGGCCGAUGAACGGUGCAGGAGGUUACCGCAUCGGGGGGCUGCUGCAAGCAUCGGCGGUCAACCUGUCCAGUUCUUCGCCCUCUUCGGGCUCGGGCAGCAGCAGCAGCAGUACGACCGGAUCUUCCCCGACCAGCACGAGCAGCAGCACCUCGAGCAGCUCGAACACCACCUCCAGUAGCUCACCGUUCUCCUACACCAGUGACAGCAGUGGUGGCGGCGGUGGAAAAUUCCUGCAUUCGGGAACGGCCACCACACCCAGAAAGUCCCGCAUCGAUCUUUCGCCCGUCAACUGGGCCAAGCGGAGCGGCUCGUCCGGUAUCAACUGCUACAGCAUCGAGGAAGGGCGGGUUAUCGAGCGCCCCAAAGGUCGCUACGUAUCGCCGGUGCGCAUCAAAAACAAGCACCAAGUGGUCAACGGCUCAACCAAUACCACGCCGGCCGGUCCGGUGGCCGCGACGAGUGAGCGAGGAGCCGCCACUGCAACGCCGGUUUCGCGAAGAAUUUUGCAACGUGCCACCACCGAUAGGAGCUCCUGUGCUGGACUCGGAGAUGGUUCCGCGAGCGACGCCCGAUUCGAGAGCAGCAGCAGUGUCACCGCCACCAGCACCUCACUCUACAAACAGCUGAGCCGAUCGAUCGGCAAUAUCGUCGACACGCUCGAGAGCCGCAGUCCUUCGCUCAGUCAGCGAUCGGUGCCGUACCGGGAGAAGAAGAACCCGCUCGGCAGCACGCGCCUCUCCUGCUACCAGCAGCCGAUCAGCCUGGAGCAACCCCCGGCGGCCUCGAAAGCCACGUCACGGCAUCCGUUCUACAAAUCGGUCGACGAUUUAAUCUUUCUCAGCACCACCGCAGACGCGCCACGGUUGGACGGCGGUGGUGGAGAAGGCGGGGAAGGCGAUAGUGGGGCCACCGAUCAGCUGCAGCUGCACCGCCUGGGAUCACCGACAGAGCGUGGCCCCGAUAGAGCGUGUGACGCAGCUCCCGAGCCACCAAGUUCCGUCGGCAUCAAAACAACGUGCGGUUCCCCGAUCGCUGCUGCUGCUGCUAGUGUUGGUGACGGCAAGGGACUACUUUGCACACUCGAGCGACGUCGCUUAUCAUCAGCCUCCUGUGCCUCCAGUGUGGUUACGAUCGAGCGGCCCGGCACCGUCGAGGAAGCCAGCGUAGCGUCAGUACCAAAGAACGAUCCGUCCGCGGCGGCGGCGAUGGAUCCGGCCGAUCACGACGACACGUACGGCUUUGCGCAGAUGCGCACGACCCUCGGACCGAUCGAGGCCGCCUACCAGCAGCGGCUGGAAGCGCUCCAGAAUGAAACGAACGCGUCGGCCACCGGCACGCUGCCGGUGUUUAAGACUCCAAAGAAGAAGGACAACUUCACCAACAAGAUCCGAGCGAUGUCCGACCGGACGCAGAAGCUCUUCUCGCGCAUCUACUCCACCAACAGCACCGGCGGCGGAGCGACACUAAAGUCCGGCACGACCGGGGCGUACCAUCUGUCGGCGACGAAGUCACUGAAAAAGUCACCCUCGAAGCUGUCGGAAGCGAGCCGUCGGAGCGUUAGCUACGGAGCCCUGCCCGGGCUGGCGGAUUUCCAGCGGAACAUGAGCACCAAAGAGCAGCAGCACGACUACGAGGACGUUGAGGGGCGACAGCAGCAGCAACAGCCAGCACAAUCGAUCGACGACGUCGAUCUUUUGGUGAGCGGAGCGACCGUCAUCAGCCUCGGUCCUGGGUCCGUUGCCAGUGGCCACACUGACGCCGAGGACGGGGAUUCCGGUAUUCUGGUGAACGAGUCCGGCGCCUCGUCCAUCCUCGAAACGGACGACGUUUUCCACGACUCCGGAACCGCCGGAAUCCCGAGCAUCCCUUCGAAGGCGGCCCUAAGCAAUGGGUGCGGUGCGGAGCCGACGGAGUUUAAGCUCGUUACCAUCCGGUUGGAUGAGGCGGAGAGCGGUGCUGAAACGCUCGACGACAAUGGCGGAAUAGGCGCACUCGGCAUCAUUGUCACACCGAUGGCCACUUCCGACGGUGAAGUCAGCAACCGCUACAAGGUGGCCCACGUUCUGCCCGGAGGGCUUGUUUACAGGGAAGGUUCGAUACAGCCGAACGAUGAAAUUGUCAACAUCCUCGGGAAGCGGCUUCGCGGGCUGUCGACGCGGCAGGUCCAGGACCUGCUGAACGGUUGCACACGCCGUGGCGCCAGUGGCGGAGGCCGCUCCAGUAUCGAUCUUGUCAUUUGUCGCAGUAGGGCAAACGGCACCGAUCACGAUUCUGAAGAUCAUCAGCAUCUGCAGCAGCAACCAUCUCGUCCACCGUCCGUCAACCGACGGCUCUUCCGGAACAGCCGCAAAACGUCACUCGACUCGUACCUGGAGGAUGAGACGCAGCGCGACCACAGUGGCAGCGAGACCGGGUCCGAACAGGAUACCGCACACUAUGCUUCGAUCGCCAUCAAGAUCGAUGGAAACAAGUACAACACCCUCGGGACACCGAGGCGCUCGAAGCAACAACCGCUGUCGAUGGUGCUGUGCAAGCAGCAGCAGCAAUACGGCGCCCCAUCACCAACGCUUCCACUGGCCGCGGGGUGCGAAAGUAUCCCGGGUACGGAGGUGGACUCCCAGCCACCAUCCCUGGACUGUGCCAAGCGCCGUUCGUUCACGAAAAACACUCCCACGGCACAGGCCAACACCUCGAAAGUGGUGCGCCGCUCGUUGGUUGGCAAGCAAACCACUCAGCAGCAACAACCGAAUCAGCAAGUGUCGCCAAACGGCCAGCAACCGCCGCUGGGCACCGCCAAGAGCACCAUGAACCUGUGCGACGACGAGAAGCUUGAGCUGCACGGCGGGAACGGUGGCGGCGCUUCGGACGACGCGGAAACGAGCAGCGGCACCAGCUCGUUGGCCGACCUGGACAAGUCCACCAGCAGCUUCUGCACACUGCCGCGGCGCCCCAAAUCUUCGCUCUGCUCGUUCCACACGGUCAGCUUCCAGAAGGGGCCGGGCAAGAAGUCACUCGGCUUCACGAUCGUCGGCGGCCGCGACAGUCCCCGCGGAGCGCUCGGAAUCUUCAUCAAGAGCAUCCUGCCGACCGGUCAGGCCGCCGAAGAUGGCCGGCUGCGGGCCGGUGACGAGGUGCUGGCCGUCAACGGUCAAGUCUGCCACGAUUUAACGCACCUCGAGGCAGUCAAGCUGUUCAAGAGCAUCAAAACGGGCGACAUCGUGUUGCAGCUGUGCCGGCGAAACAAGUCCGCGCACCGUUCGAUGGACAUCGAGGCAUGCUGAACCACGGGAUUUCUCAUAACAAAGUCCAGACAAAACAAUGUGUGUUUAGAAAGACUUAUUAGCUUGUAGGGUUUGUAUGUACAGAACUACUGGAGAAAUGGGGCUUCAUAAGGUGCCGGCGCGCCAGGAUUUGUGUAAUAAACGUCUACGUCUAAUCAUCGCGCCAGCGAUUCGUCUAUAGUUUGUGAUAGCGUGUGCGUUUGAUGCGUGAUGUAGCACCAGAACAGGACUGUGUAAUAAAUGUAUUGA